ACUCUGGUAUCCCUAUCCCCUCUGACACCCCAUCUCAUGGGACUCGAUCUCUUUGCAUUCUCUUCGUUGGAAAGAAGAAUUUGACUGGCUAAUCUCUGUCACAUCAACAAAGAGAAUGGCAAAUCUCCAGGCACUGCAGUCUAUUGUAAAAUGGAACCGUUUGUUGGUCACUGAUGACUAAGGAGGAUGUACAUGUUAUUGAAGCUUGUUGUAGAUUGGCUGUAUUUGAAGAAUUCGGAACGUGUGCGAGCCGAUCUGUUAAAUGCUUUCUCCACUCUGCUAAGCCAGGAGGCCUUAAUCUUGGCUAUGAACAACAGCUUUGUGGAUCCCUUUCUGCAGUUUGAAGCACAGCUCGAGCUAGUACAUUCGUGUUUUAACAUGGUAUUUUCCCUACCCGUUAUUGGAAGACCAACGGAAAUGGAGAAGAGCACUGAGGACUACAAAGAUAUACAGUUCCUCUAUAAUACUAUUCUAAGCACCUAUGAAAACAUCCUUCUGAUACUGGUAUCUAAAGAUUUUUACAAGCUCCAAUUCAUAAAGGAAAUUAUCACAUGGAUGAACGAGGAGCCCGUUUACAUGCAGAAGAAGGUCAUGAAGACGAUAGUCACGGUGCUAGAUUUUGCAUCCAGGAAAGCCAAUACAAGUUCAAGUGUGGAUGCCCCCUGCCUGGGAGAGCUGGCAGCCGAGCUGGCUCUUCUCUGCAAUUACCAAAGGUCACCCAUCGUGCAGCAGGCCUCCCUGGGCAUGCAUCAUCUUCUCUGCAUAGCAAUCCAGCAGACAGUGUUAUAUGGCAAAGAGAGAACAAGGAAGGAUGCAGCAGAAAAUUGGGUUCAGAAGUCUGAUAAUGACUUGGAGAUCUCCCCUGCCUUCUUGCAGAGGAACAGCACUAGAAUUGCUACGUGCGUAGGGGAUUAUCUAAUACCGCCACAGCUAACAGACUUCGUGUGGAGUCUCCUGAACAAACUGUCCAACUCUUCUUCGGCUGUGGCGUCGGAGGCGGCAGUCCUGCUGAGAGUCACUCUGGAGAAAUUUUCCUAUAAGGUGACCAUGGUGUCGAAAGUUUUGGAUUCCAUUUAUAUACAACUGAACAGCAGCAUCACUCAUCCUAUGAAGUAUGCCAUGCUUCGCGUCAUAAGUUUAUUUGUCUGCACAUGCCCUAAGAAAAUCAUCUUUCUACUCCUGGACUAUCCCGUCCCAGCAGACAGCACCCUGAUCCUGAUGUGGCACGCGGUCAGCUCUGAAUCCAAGGUGGCCUGUGAGGUGCUGAAGACGAUCCUGACGGUGCUCAAAGGGAAGCCCGGCGAGGACGAGGAGAAUCCAAAAGUCUCAAGCAGAAAACGCUUCUCCGUGGAUGCCGUCAAUAUGAUGCCGGUGGCCGCAUCGCAGGCCCUGUGCAUACUCCUGCCUGCCUUUGAGUACAAGAUCGCAGUGGCAGAGUUCUUCCCUCAGCUCCUAAUGGCCCUGAUUCUGCAGCUCUAUUACUCUGGAAACUUCUUCUGGACAAAGAAGCAGCCCCUCUACGCACGCGACGCUUUGAGGAUUCUGCUGAGAUGCUCGGGGUUGUUCAAAGUGGAUGCUGCCCUUCAGGAGAAGAAAUGUUGGGAACACUUUCCUCAUCAGAUGUUUUAUCAUCGUGGAGUGUACCUCGUGGCCAAAACUCUCAGCCAGUUCAAAUUCCCUCAGUUUCCCAAGACCCUGCACUAUCUGUACAAGCUCUCAGUGGAAGGCCCUAGGAGGGUGGAGGACAGUAUCACCAUUGUCAUCUUCCUCAUUGAGCUCCUUAGCAAUUUCUUCAAGGACCCAUUUCCAGAGCCGUUCCUGAUUCUCUUCAGAAAGUGGGUGAGUGACUCAGACCCUGCAGUGUGCAAGCUGAGUCUGAAGAAGAUCGCCUGCAUGGCCCCAGUUGUCAAUGAGAUGGAAAACCCCACAGAGUUGCUGCUAGCCAUCCUGGAUGCCUUCUCUUCCCAGAACGGCUCCGUGGUCAUCCAGGCCAUGCACACUCUCCGAAGUCUCCUCAACGUCUUAGACAAGCUGGUCUACGCCUCUGUGUGCAACAGAAUUGCUUCCAGCUACUGCCCGCUUCUGGAUCACGGGCUGGCUUCCGUCAGGGCCUUGUCCAUCCGGCAUUUUGGGGAGUUACUAAAAGACAUGAACGAGUACUCCUGGUUGCUGAAGGAUGAAGUCUUCAAAGCUCUGGUGCCCUUGAUUCUGUUCCUGGAAGAUAAGAAGAAGGCUGUGGUUGAAGCCUGUAAAUAUACACUGAACAUCUGUGCUCCACAUUUGAAGUGGACCUCAGCCUCUUUGCUCACAGACAGGAACUACAGAUUCGAGAUAGUGGUUCUCAACAUCUGUAAAAGUCUGUUCAGUAGUCAUGGGACCUACAUUACGGAAUUGAUAUCCGAAAGCUUAGGAUUCUUCAAGAGCUCCCGGGCUUAUCUAAGGAGAGCGGCUGUCAUUUUCAUAGGGUACCUGGCAAAACUGGGUGGCCACAUAUUACUCAAUGAUGAAAUUGAGAUCAUGAUGGAGGCUUUAGAAAAACUGCUAAACGAUCAAGACCCCACGGUGGUCCAGGUGGCCGAACGGACUCGCAGGUUAUUUAAGGACCUGGCCAUUGAAAUGUCGACCUCCAACUUCAAACAGAGCCUCCGGAGAAUGUUCAGCUUCAUGUACUUCAGGGACUCGGCCCUCAUCUAUAACUACGAAGGAAAGAAAUCCUAUCAAGACAGCCAGAGUGAUUUAGUGAUUAGCGUGAUAGCCCACCAAGAUGGAAUCGAGCCAGGUUUGGAGAUCAUGUCGGAAGCAUCUGAGAUCAUCACGUUGACCCCGGCGACCAUACGCAAGAGAUCCUGAUGUGUGCUCUGUCUUGGCUCACCGGAGUCUGGCUGUGGGCCUUUCCACUCAGAAAAAGCUCAGACAAUGUUCCCAUUAUCAGCUCCUAAUUCCGUGGCUAAGUUUUAACUCUCCCUGGAAAUCUACUGCGGGGAUGAGUCCAGGAACGGCCAGAGUUCCCACCUGUGGAGUAUGGUAUUAAAUCUGGAAAAAAUGACCAGUGAGAAUAAUUUUUCUGCAAGUGUGGAAGGGGUAAAACAUUCUGAAGUUCUGAA